CUUCAACGAAUGCCAAAUGUAGGCAGAAUACACUGCGACCCAUCGAGGCCUGUCUUCGUGACCUCAGGCAAGUGGCCUGCCUUUUCAGUUGCCAUCGCAUUUCGACCUUCUGCGUUCUGUUUGCCCUGCAUGUUUAGGCACGCACAAGCUUCCGCCGCAUGGCCGAGUCCAGAACAUCCCGCAUGGUGUGCUGCCCUAUCUCGGAAACAGUUCUGCUGAGAGAAGAGGUGGCGCGAACAGUCAAGGACCACUGAACAGAACAUGACUGGCCAACCUAACGGCGGUUUCUGCAGCCUGGGAAAGGCGGUCGCGUUUUCCUCCCACACUGUUGCUCGCUAAGUUUGGGUGCUGCUCUGCUUUCGGCCUGGACUGGGCCAUUUCCGAGGCCGACAUGCAGCUUUAAGCCAGCCACAAACACCUUUGGGGACGCUGUCCAUUGCCGGCCAACUGAUUGACAAACAUGUCGCCAAUGUCUGGAUAGCUUCGCCCUCCUUCACGAUUUGUCUGGUCCCUGGUUCUCUAUCUCGCUGCUGCUUUCGUCGGCAGCAUGCUCCAUUCAUGGAUCGUUCUUGGUGUGCGUUCUGCGCGAUUGCCUUCGCUCGGUUGCCUUUUGCAGAAGAGCUGCAUGACCUCGCUCGGUUGCCUUUGGAGGAGAGGUGCAUGACUUCUCAGAAGGACCGUCAAAAAAAAAUGAACGACCUAAAUACCCGCAGCCUGCUCUCUGCUUUGCGUCGUCCCCCGAGUUUUACAAUCCACCGGCUGGUUUUUUGAGAGGUCUGCUUUCUAGAUUGAUUGCGCAGCACAAUGGCGAUACAGCCUGACUCACCUACGAAGAUUCCUCUUUUAUCGGAAAAAGAGACGCCAGCCACACUGGCCAGCUCAGAGAGCCCUCCCCAAACUCCCACUUCCACCCAUGCAAUCAAAGACAACAUAGAGGGCGCUCUGCCGUCCUUGCUCUGGGGAGCCUUUGCACCUUGUGUUCCAGUUGCCGUUAUCUCCAGUGUGCUCCUGACUGCCAUCCUGUACAAUCGAAUCGACGGCAGUUACGUCUAUCUUCCUCCAAAGCACGAAACAUCCUCGACCGAUGGGCUGGCCACUCUCCAAAGUAUCCAGCAGAUCGAAAACAAUGGCGGUGACCAAGCUUAUUACCUUUACUACAAGACCAUCACCAACCCAGCAGUAUUGCACAUGAUCUCGUCAUGGACGGCCAAGAUCAUACCCUUCGUCACUGGAGCUUCCAUGGCUCUUGUCGCUUUCUUCGCAGGCCAACGCAUUAUGAAGGCGACCGCCAGCAAAUCAGAGAAGCUCCCCAGUCCUCACCAGGUAUCCAUCCUGAUCGGGCUGCUCAAUGGAGGUGGGACGCAACCUCUGCUCGACGCCGUUAAGUAUCGCUGGCAAAACCAUGAGAGCCUCGUGCAACCAGUUCCUCUCGCCUUUUGGUGUUUGUCCUUCAUUGUGUUAAUGACCUUCGCGAUCGGAGCAGUCGAUAGCUGGUUUGGUACAGUUACCACGGCCAUGAACAUUGCAUUGGUCAUUCCGAAGAACAACACAGCAUUCUCCUUUGGAAGAGGCUUAAACUCCAGUCAGUGUGGGCCGAGCGACUGGGAGUCACGGACUUGUCCAGGCAAUGCUCAAGCGAACUGCAGUUACCCGUGCAGCAUUACGAGCUGGCAGACGGCGGACGGAGAGCGCCAAGGCGUGCUCAACGCGCAGCAAGCCGCGGAGACUCUGAUGUCGAACUCGCUGAACAACACAAUUCACAACGUCACGGUGAAUGGCUCGAACUAUUACUUCCUUGGGGAUACCCAGAGCAGUAAGACGCUUGACUUUGUGGCGACGACGCUGGCGAUCAAGACGCAGUGCCAAAUGGUGACGCAAAAUUGCAGCGUCACGGCCGUUGACAGUGUCAGCUCCGGCUUCACGUGUGGCGCUUACAGUUCGCCGUCCUUUUCAUACUCUGGAGAGGUCGGCAUGGAUCCUAAAAACGCAACGUCGGCGCCAGACGAGGCUAUGGUGGGCAUUCAGUUCUUCAAUGACACAGCAAAGAGCCAACCAGUGGGAUUCGGAAGCAGCACUACCAACCUCUUCAGCACGCAGAACCCACUUCAAUUCCUGACCUGGUCAAAGGGCUUCCCGCCCGUGGAUACCUAUCAAGACGAAUUCAAAACCAUGCGGGAGGACCAGUAUCUUAAAUACGACGCCACUGGCGACACCGUAUUCGUCCUGAGCUGCUCAGCAGUUAUCGCAGAGGUGAAAUACAACUGGACCAACUCAUCGAUCACCCUUGUUGAGCUUGAGGCAGACGAGGAUGUGGCAGACUACUACGGUGCUGUCUUCAGCGCCCCGUUCGCUAUCAACAGCCCGCUGUCUCAUCUGGCCCUCCAAGACGCCGCGGCAUUGGCCGCCUAUCGGAAAACACCGGAGGGUCUGUCAAAGGUCUUCGCCGACCGUUUCUCCCAGGCUGCCGUGGCCCUCAGCUCCGGGAUUGGCAUCAAGGUGCAGAACGAGCUCGAGUGGACGAGGGACAAUAGUUAUCUCGCCACGCGCGUUCCAUACGUGCCUCUGUAUCUCCUGGUGACUCUGAAAGCCAUCUACGCCCUGUUUGCGCUGGGCCUUGCCGUGCUGGCGGUCUUCCUAACGCAGCCGUCACAGGCCCAGGAAGUCAAGGAGCGGCUGACAGUCGACGGCCUCGCGGCGGGCUUCUUCGAGCCCAACGCCAACCACGAGAGGGCGGUCAAGAACGUCAGCGACCUGUUCCACGAGCACCAGAGCCCCGACAAGAGCGAGGACACGCAGAAGAUCGGGCUGUUGCAGACCGACAAGGGCGGCUGGCUGUGGGUCGCCGUGGUGCAGAAAGCAGCGCAAGGCCUGGGGAUCCAGCAAGCGGCCAACUUCGCAGCCGAUCAGGUCGCCGACGCGGCUGCGGCACAGAUGGGUGCGGUGGGGACUUUGGGUCAAGGGUAUAAAUUGGUCAAGGACAUCAUUUAGGAAACGGAAACGGGAAAUGAGCUACGGCAGGACACGACAUGGGCUUUAUGUUUGCAUGGGCUUUUAUAUAUGUACAAGGAAGGACCCACGGGACUCUCUCUGGCGCUGGAACGAGUAAUAUGGAUCAUGGGAUAAUGAGACAUGUAUGCAAGGGAAAAGAUACCACUUGGGGUAAAUCACACAAAGCA